AUGUCUACCCCAGUUCAACACACGCCUCCUCAGCAACCACCACAACAACAAAAAAGCUGUAAUUGCGAUUUGCUAUUAUGGAGGAACCCUGUCCAAACCGGUAAAUAUUUCGGUGGGUCCCUAUUAGCCCUGUUAAUUUUGAAGAAAGUUAACUUGAUCACUUUCUUUUUGAAGGUCGCUUACACCAUCUUAUUCACAACAGGAUCCAUCGAAUUUGUAUCCAAGCUCUUUUUGGGUCAGGGUCUGAUCACUAAGUAUGGUGCUAAGGAUUGUCCAAAUGUCGUUGGCUUUAUCAAGCCUCGCAUCGACGAAGCCUUGAAGCAGUUACCAAUUUUCCAGGCACACAUAAGAAAAACGGUGUUCGCCCAAGUGCCUAAGCACACUUUCAAGACUGCUGUUGCUCUAUUCCUUCUACAUAAGUUCUUCUCCUGGUUCUCCAUCUGGACCAUCGUCUUUGUUGGUGACAUUUUCACUUUCACUUUGCCAGUCAUUUAUUACUCCUACAAACAUGAAAUCGACGCCACCGUUGCUCAAGGUGUAGAAAUUUCCAGGCAAAAGACCCAAGAAUUCUCUCAAUUGGCUUGUGAAAAAUCUAAGCCAUACUUAGAUAAGGUUGAAUCCAAAUUGGGCCCUAUUUCCAACUUGGUGAAAUCUAAGACCGCUUCUGUCUCCUCUACUGCCGGCCCUCAAGCCGCCACCACUACUAAGUUGGCUGCCGAGGUUCCAUUAGAGCCAGAAUCUAAAGCUUACACGUCCUCUGCUCAGGUCAUGCCAGAAGUUCCGCAACACGAACCUUCCACCACCCAAGAGUUCAAUGUCGACGAGUUGUCUAAUGAAUUGAAGAAGAGUACAAAGAACUUGCAAAAUGAAUUGGAGAAAAACAACGCCUAA